CUUCAGUGAUUAUUCAUCCUUUGCUGCGAAAUGACCGCUUUCGUACUGGGAGUCUUAACUAUAUUCCACCUAUUUUUUGGAUCUGCCAAGUUACUGGACGACAACUGUGGACUGAUAGCAAAUCUUCCGCGGAAUAAGCGAUUGACUGGAGGAGAAGAUGCAUAUAUAUUUUCGAAUCCAUGGAUGGUUUUGCUGCUUGGCGAUUCGAUUGCGGGGGGAUCGCUUAUAAACUCGCACUUUGUGAUGACGGCUGCACAUGCCCUUUCCGCCUCAUUUAAAAAGGUGCGCUUAGGAGAGUAUGAUCGAGAAAGCUCGAAAGAUUGCACAUCUACCGGUUGCCUACCAAGAAGCUAUGACAUCGAUAUUGCUGACGAAUUUAUCCACCCAGCGUAUCAAUAUGAAAAUUAUCGGAAUGAUAUAGCUCUCCUUCGGAUGGCAGAAGAGGUGACGUUUUCAGAUUAUAUCAGGCCGAUCUGCCUGCUCGUCAACGAGCAAGUGGGAAAACCUAUCCCAUUAUUCAAGGUCACCGGGUGGGGAAAAACUAAUAGUUAUCCAACGAGCCGUAUUCUAAAGACAGCCAUUAUAGACGUUCUUGAUAUUACGAACUGUACGGAUCUAUUUGAAACACAAAAUGACGGUAUCCAGAUUUGUGCCGGCAGCCUGAAUAGCGACACCUGCUCCGGAGACUCGGGAGGACCCCUGAGUGCAACCUUGCCCUAUAAUAACACUAAUCGGGUCUUCCAGUUCGGUAUCAUCAGCUAUGGAACCCCAACCUGCGAUGCCCCCAGUCUCUACACAAAUGUCACCCACUUUAUGGACUGGAUAGUGAAUACUACGAGCAAUAAAGUGUAAACACAAUGCUCGGAUGAAAGAAGAACCACUCUACUCAGUGCCCACUGUGGAGAGAGCAGCCCUCGCUGCAAGGCGACUGUGAUUGUGACCUCCAACCCCGCCCACUCGCAAUCCCCCCUCAUGGCAACCCAUCUCGUAACCCAGGGCAGUUCAAGGGCCAAAGGAUUUUCCAUUUCUUUUCGCAUUACUCCCGCAUUGUUUGCUUA